AUGAUUUCCCGUCAACCCAUUCUACGCGCCGCUCAGCGGGCCAGCAUUCGAUCUCCCGUCGCCCGUAACUUCGUCCAGCGCCGGUUGAACAGCUCUGUUCCCGAGAACGAGUUCCUCCGUGAGAGAGCUGCCGUGAAAGCCCACGCUGCCUCCACCAGCGACUUAUGGCGCAAGCUGUCUAUCUACGCCGUGAUUCCCACCCUUAUUCUCGGAUCCAUCAACGCAUACAACCUCUGGACUGAGCAUUGGGAGCACUGGUCUCAUAUGCCCGCACUUGAGGAACGUGUCGAGUACCCAUACCAAAACAUUCGAAGCAAAAACUACUUCUGGGGAGAUGGUGACAAGUAUAGCCGGUUUCUUACUGCGCAGAUCAUACCACCCUGGAACUCCGCCGUCAAUUACCACAACAAGGACAAGACUACUUAA